GAAUGCGUGGGCUCUCCUCUCCCUUUCCCUCCGAAAAUGUAUAAGAGCCACCGCUCUCCGGCGGCUGAGGAAAAAUCAGAGUUUCCCCAAGUUCAGGGGUUCGUUUCCGCCGAGGAGGAAGGGAGGACCGACGGGUUAGGUCUCUGCGCAUCUGUCUCUCUCUCUCUCUUUUUCUGAGAAUUCUCCAUCUUCAUUUGAGCUUCUAUUUGGUCGGCGUGGGGUCCACUGUAAUGCAAAAUGGGUGGUGGAAAAGAUAAGCCUGAUGGUUCAGAUACUAGUGACAAGGGUCUGUUCUCAAACCUCGCUCAUGGAAUUGGGCAUGGGUACCCCCCAUCUGGUGCAUAUCCUCCACAGGGAUACCCUCCUCAAGGGGGGUACCCCCCUCAGGGUUAUCCUCCACAAGGCUACCCCCCACAAGGAUACCCCCCACAAGGAUACCCUCCAGCUGGUUAUCCCCCGCCUGGUGCAUAUCCUCCCAAUCCAUAUCCAGGAGCUCCACCUUACCCACAGCAUGGAGGGCAUGGUUCAGGAGGGCAUGGCAUCUCUCCCGGCAUGGGUGUAAUGCUAGCAGGAGGUGCAGCAGCUGCAGCAGCAGCUUAUGGAGCUCACCAACUGGGUCAUGGUUCUCACUCUGGGCAUGGUGGAAUUAUGAGCCAUGGUGGGUAUGGCCAUGGUGGGUAUGGCCAUGGUAAAUUCAAGCACGGCAAGUUCAAGCAUGGGAAGCACGGGAAGUUUGGAAAGCAUGGCAAGUUCAAGAAGUGGAAGUGAUGUUCUUAAAAAUAUCUCCUACAUAUUAUCAAGUGGCAUAUCCAAUAAUGGUCCUUUUGAAAUCUCUUUUUAAUCAGACAGUGGUGGUGAUUGCUUAGAGAUUGUACAUUGUGAUCUUUCUUCUUGCUUGUGUCUACUCAUGUUUGAUAUUCUAGUCAUAAAGAUUUAUGAGUUGAACAUUUAUAUA